CCAAACAACCACACCCCAAAAAUGAACAAAAACCUCUUCGCUUAAGGAGUACCUCUCAUGACUGCCCUUUUCAAGAUUCAACCUCCAACCUCUUUUUCACCAGAAGUACUGCACCACCCCCAUGUCUUCCUCUUCUUUUCCUGCUUCGACUCUCCAUAAAGCAAUUCACAUUGCCAUUGCAGUCAUUUUCGUCGCCUUCAUCUCUUUUCUGGAUCAUGUCAAUGGCUUGGACGCCGGCCAGACAGUCAUUGACUCUCCUUUAUUGACACAAAAGAUUGGCACCAACCGCACGAUCAUUAAGGUCGAUAUUAAUGGCGAUGGGGACUUCAAAUCCGUCCAGGCAGCCAUUGAUUCUGUUCCUGAAGGCAACUCUCAGUGGGUUAUCAUCCAGCUUGGGAAGGGGGUUUACAGAGAAAAGGUGCACGUACCAAAAAGCAAGCCCUAUAUAUUCCUGAGAGGAAAUGGGAAAGGAAGAUCAGCUAUUGUAUGGGCCCAAAGCUCUUCUAACAACGUGGAGUCUGCAACUUUUAAGGUCGAAGCACCCCACUUCAUUGCCUUCGGGAUUAGCUUCAAGAAUGAGGCUCCCAUUGGGGUUGCUUAUACACCACAGAAUCAAUCAGUGGCAGCAUUUGUUGCUGCAGACAAAGUAGCAUUUUACCACUGCGGAUUCUACAGUACACAUAACACUCUCUUUGAUUACAAAGGAAGGCAUUAUUACGAUAACUGUUACAUCCAAGGCUCAAUCGACAUCAUCUUUGGCAGUGGCAGAUCCCUCUUCCAUAGCUGUGAGAUCUUUGUUAUUGGAGACAGGAGGGUGGAGAUUCAUGGAUCCGUCACAGCUCAAAUCAGGGAAAGUGCAAGCGAGAAUACUGGGUUUGUGUUUGUCAAAGGAAAGGUUUAUGGUGUUGGUGGUGUGUAUUUGGGGAGAGCUAAAGGUGCCUAUUCCAGAGUAGUUUUUGCACAGACAUACCUCUCUAGGACCAUUGUACCUCAAGGCUGGACCAAUUGGAGUUAUGACGGCACUACAGAGAAUCUAUACCACGCGGAGUAUAAGUGCGAGGGACCAGGAGCAGACUCAACACAGCGUUCUUCGUGGUCGAAACAACCGAGCGAGAAAGAGGUUACUCCUUUCCUAUCUAUAGAUUACAUUGAUGGCCAGAAAUGGCUUCCAGUUUGGCUAUGAAGUUCGCCAGAACUAUAAUGAGUAGAAAAAAAGCUAGCAAAAUUGUUGUGCGGCUAAUAAAUCAUUAUCAUGACUCAUGAAGUACCUUUGAGUUAUAUGAUUCACGUGAUAUUACGCAUUCUUCUGACCUUAAUCAUCAAAGUUUGUUCGAAAUCAUGAGAUCAUCGACCUUUUAUCCUACAUACAGUUUUAAGCUAAUUUGGUGAAUCGAGGUAGCACCAGGCCAGCUGGGGCUCGAGCUGCCGAUAAGGGUAUAACCAAAUCAUAUCAUAUUGUGCAAUGCGAGUGCAGUAAUGUAUCGUACUAACAUUUUUAAUUUAAAAUUCAUUAAUACGUCCAUGUAUAUCAUGUGUUUCUUCUGGUUCUAUAUGCUGCCUUGAAACCUUAAAACUAGAACUUUUUUUUUAUGGCAUUGGAUUCGUACGUACGUAACACAUUAUCUCAUAGCCCGCAUAGUUCUACUAAGUU